AUGCUUUUUAUGUUAGUUUUGCUUUCUGUUUUCUGCCUGGCCUCACAGUUUUAUAAUCCUUUGUCUUAUUUUUUUUUACAAGGUGGACUGGGAGAGCUGCAAAGUGGUAUAAUCACAGACUGUGUCAAAGAAGCCAAACGGCUUGUCGAUAAGGCCUAUACAGGGACCAGAACCAUGUUGAAGUCUCGUGUGAAGAGAGAAACUGUAAAUCCAGGUGAUCUAUUGGCAUUCUUCAAACAACCCGUGGCAAUAAGCAGAAAUGCAAUUCGGGCGGCUGAUUACAUGGACCUCACUCUACUGCUUAUAACUGAGAAAGUGAAACUGAUCCACCCAGGCCCCUUCAAUAUCUCAGAUAUACUCACAGCUGAACAGAAGGAAAUUAUUUCCAAACUAAGUGGAUGCGCCUACCAGUACCUCCCUAAGAUUUGCGAUCCCUCACCUUACCGCACCAUUACUGGAGAGUGUAACAACAUAAAGAAACCCACCCUUGGGGCAUCCAACACAGGUUUCAAGCGUUUGCUGAAUCCAGAAUAUGAAGAUGGAGUCUCACUUCCUCGGGGUUGGACUCCAAACCUCAACAUCAAUGGAUUCCCUCUACCCUUGUCACGUGCAGUAUCAAAUGAAAUUGUAAGGUUCCCUACUGAGACCCUGACCUUAGAUGAUGAGAGAUCACUCAUGUUCAUGCAGUGGGGCCAGUACGUGGAUCACGAUACUGAUCUUUCUCCGGACACCCCUUCCAGAACAACUUUCUUUGAAGGAAAGGACUGUGAGACCAGUUGUGCUCGGUCACACCCCUGCUUUCCUCUGAUGAUUCCACCAAAUGAUCCUCGGAUUACAAACAGAAAUGACUGUCUGCCAAUGUUUAGAUCAGCACCAGUGUGCAGUCUAAGCACUCCUGUACGUGAACAGAUCAAUGUCCUGACCUCAUACGUUGAUGGAAGCCAAAUCUAUGGCAGUGAUGCGAUAGUUGCUAACAAGCUUCGGAACACCACCAACCAACUAGGCCUGUUGACCAUUAAUCAGAACUUCACAGAUAAUGGACAUUCAUUCCUUCCUUUUGCUGAGAAUCAGGAGGACAUAUGUAUUAUGACAAACAAAUCGGCCAAAAUUCCUUGUUUCCUGGCAGGGGACACUCGUGUCAGUGAAAUGCCUGGUCUUACUGUACUUCACACACUCUUCAUGAGAGAACACAAUCGUAUUGCAACGGAACUGCAUGCAUUAAAGCCAAACUGGUCUGGGGAAAAGCUGUACCAAGAAACCCGAAAGAUUGUAGGAAGCAUCUUGCAGAAAAUCAAUUACAAAGAUUGGCUGCCACUGCUGGUGGGCAACGAGGCAUCGAAAGUUCUUCCUGCAUAUAGGUCUUACAAUGAGAGUGAGGACCCACGGGUGUCCAAUGUCUUCACUAUUGCCUUCAGAAUGGGACAUACUCUGAUACAGCCAUUCAGUUACCGAUUAGCGGAGGGUUACCGCCCCUACGGCCAAGAACCAGCAGUACCACUGCAUAUGACAUUCUUUGCCAGCUGGAGGGUGGUGACACAAGGUGGAAUUGAUCCUCUGCUACGGGGAUUGAUAGCCAAUCGGGCCAAAUUAAACCGCCAGAACCAGAUGGUGGUUGACGAGUUGAGGGAUCGACUCUUCAAGUUGGUCAAGCGUAUCGGUUUUGAUCUAACUUCUCUCAAUAUGCAACGAGGUCGGGAACAUGGAUUGCCAGGCUACAACUCAUGGAGGAGGUUCUGUGGCCUUUCUGCACCUCGUAAUGUGCAGGAGUUGGCUACUGUGCUGAAUAAUAGACAGCUUGCAGAAAAAUUGAUUAGUUUAUAUGGAACACCUGAAAACAUUGAUGUCUGGGUUGGAGGAGUCUCUGAGCCCCUGGUUCCCAAUGGAAGAACUGGGAAGCUGCUUUCUUGCCUGAUUGGAAAUCAGUUCCGUAGAGCUCGAGAUGGAGACCGGUUUUACUAUGAAAAUCCCACAGUGUUCAAUCCAGCGCAAAGAAGCUCAAUAGAAAAAGUGACUCUGGCCAGUAUCAUAUGUAGUAAUACUAACAUCAAACAGGUCCCUCGCAAUGUCUUCAUGGGGAACAAGUACCCACAAGAUUUUGUCAACUGUUUAAACAUCCCAUCGCUGGACCUGAGUCCUUGGAGAAGUUGAGACAGAGACAGUCUUGGUUUCGUUUUGAAAGCACUGAGAAAAACUGACGUAUCCAACAUGGACAGAUAAAGAAGAUGUCAGUGAAUUUCUCUGCUAAUCCUACAAAGAUAUAAUACAGAUGAUGUAUUUAAAUGAGUAUGUUAUAUUAAUAAAAUUGUUAUUGCUAAUAGUAAUUAUCACUCAUGUAUCUAAAUUUGUUGCUGUACAUUUUAUUUAAUCUUUAUGCUAAUAAUAUACAUAACAUGUCAGGGCUGUAGAGAGAUGUGCUGGGUCCCGGUACUUUUUGGGGAGUGGCCUAAUCAUGGGUGGCGUGGCAUGCCCCUUAGAAAAAGAAGUACUUGCUGCAUGUUAAAAAGGAGUGGGUGCCUGGAGCCAGGAGCAAAUCCGGGGGGUGAUCAGUGUGAUCGCCCUCCUGCAGCAGCCUCCCUGGCCCCACUGUAGUUCAACACACAGAAACAUGUGCUGUGCUAAGGAGAGAAGCUCCUGCAGAGGCUGACAGGUAAGAGGAAGGGAGGGAGGGGGGUCAGUGACAGACCCUGCCCCUUCCAACAAUAUUUGGCUUGGGUAAUUAAUACCCACCCUCCCCUCUUGGCGGCCCUGUCCACAUCUCAAAAUUGAAGAACUCCCUCUGUGGUAUAAACCUUAUACAGAUGUGGACACCUUCAUCUUACCCACGAAUGGGUCACAGGUGCGAUCUUGCCGCAGUUGUGAUUAUUCGCUGCAAGGUGCCUAUAGUUGCAUCCACGAUCACUCAGUGCAUUUCCUAUGGAUUGCGGGUGCGACUAUAUGCAAAAACCCACGAACAUGCACAUGCAUAGCGGAAAACCUGCUGACAAUACCCGUGAUCUCAGCUAAGAUGAAAAGAGAGACACAUCUACAAAUUGUGGUAAAGUCUAGGAAAUAUUAUAGCUAGUAUUAGUUACACAAUAUAUUCUAUUCUUCCAUAUGACACUUUCCCAACACUUCCAGUAAUUCUCCCUGCUUACGUUUCCAUUCCCUCCAUAACGCACUUCUUUUCUCUCAAAGGAACCAACACUCAGCACUUUUCUUGAUAUUUUUGUGCUAGUCAGAAAAUGACCACAAAACAAGAUAGAAACACUUCAUGCAUUUAAAUGAAAUUAAAUGUGUUGAAGGUUCUUCUUACCGUGCUGCAUGGGGGCGUUACUAAGAAGACGCUCUGAGAAUUGCCUCAUCUCACUCUCAUUCAGGGAGUGUAGACAAGUACAGUGUGUGAUCGUUUACCUAAAUGCACAUGUGGUUAUCUCAUCUGUAGGUGAAUCUCACAGAGACUUUGCAUAUGGUCAAUAUUGAUUAUUAAUUUGCAUACAUUUCUCCAUCCUACAGCUCACAUUGCUGAUCAACAACCUCCAAUACAAUGCUGAUAUAACACAUAAAUAAGAUAUUAAUAUACAAAGAUACAUUUCAGUUCAUUUCACCAACUUCAGAUGGCGAUAUGAAAAGGAGAAACAAUAUGGAAACAUGAUGUUUUCAUUCUUCUCUGAUUCUAACACUAAUAAGGGGCACUACUGGAAAAAUCUUAAGGUGGGCACACAGCUAAAGAUAUAGCAGUAGAUCAAUCGAUCUGCAGAUAUACUGUGUCUGUAGAUGAUACACACUGACCAACAACCACUGCCAUCUGCAGAUAUAUCUGUUGUUGAGAACAUUGGUCAAUUAUUGUUUCUGCUAUACACACUGAUAGAUUGUCGUCCUGAAAUGUGUCAAAUCUUGCAAUAAACAUAAUGUGCUGGCCUUUCAAAGAGCACACAGAAAAAGGAAUGGCCUUUAUUGUGUGUUCUAUCCCACUCCUUCCGUCUCCCACAGUCUCUCUCUCUCUCUCUCUCUCUCUCUCUCUCU